AUGGAAGACAAUUUCAAUCGAAAAUCCAUCCGGCAUCGUGUCCAAGACUUUAUGGCUCGUUUAUUGCCUGGUCAUGUUGAUAAUCGUGGCAAUACGCGACGAAUGCGACGAUACAUAAGGUCCAGCUCGAAGGAUGUGCUAGACUUGUUGGCUUAUGAACAGAUCGCUGGUUUGAUGGGCACGGCUUCGGACUUUGAAGUGGGUUUAAUAUAAAAUGGAAUUGUUGUCGUAGAGUGCAAAAACUUUCUUUCCAAACUCAUAUUUUAUGAAAACCGCGAGAAUUUUCUUUCAUAAAACCGCAAGAACUUUCUUUCCAAAACAAAUUUUUCAAAAAAACGCAAGAACUUUCUUUUCAAAACUCAUAUUAGCAAAAACCGCAAAAACUUUCUUUCCAGGACAUUCGUACCCGCAAAGUGACACUUCAGCUUCGUAUAGCCGAUGAGAUAGCCAAUGGUGAUCUGACAUUGGCUGAUAUUCGUCGAAUGGAUCCUCAAGUACAACACUUUUGCCUUGAGGUUAUGAAAGCCCAUCAAGUAAAAGCAGCCGAUAACUUAUCAGAAAAUGGCGACAAAAAGACAGUCGGCUUGAGGCAACGACUUCAGAAAAUGUUGUCACAAAAGUCGCUGUUAUGA